AUGACUCAUUACUUUCUGCUCUCUCUUGAGAAUGUCACAGGUUUGGCAGAAUACAAUCUGAGGAAUCUGGUACCUGGUGGGGGAGCACUGCUACGGGAUAAACUCUCAGGUUUUCAUGAAUGGUCAGAAAGUCAUAAGAGGACAACUGGACCUAAAUCUGGAAAAGAUGAAGAAUGUGUCAGUCAUCUUAAAGAAGAAAACAAACAAGAGGAAUGUAAAGUGAAUAACAAACAAAGGAGACUUCAAGAGUUUCGCAGGGCUGUCCUAGUUGUUCAGUUUGUUCGUAAUAUGAUCAAGCUUUACAAAGAUUAUGCAGUCACCAAAGAAAAAAGCAUUCCCUUUGCUGGACUCACAGGUACAGCUUGUACAAGAAAUUAUCACCUUCUGUUUGAUGCUUCUGAAUUUCAAGCAAAAAAAGAAAGAGGCAUUAGCAAUGAGGUAAUGACCAUCCUUUCCCGUCCUCCACAGACUCGUACGGCAGAAGACAUCAGAAUGGCAGCAAUAUCUUUGGGAGCAGCUGUGGACACUUUUGCAGAGUAUCCCAUUCACAUGCAGAAAAGGUUAGCCCAGGUGGGCUGGUAUGAAAGUUUUGGCCCAGGAAGAGUCAUCAUCCGACAGGGACAUAUUCCUCAAAAUUUUUAUUUGAUUCUUUCUGGGACAGUGCUUGUUUCAAAAUUGUCCGUUAAUAAGCAUACAGGAGAACCUUUUGCAAGAACCUCUGCAUUUUUAAAGAAAGGGAAAACAUUUGGGGAUGUGGCCAUCUUGACAGGAGCCAAAAGGAAUGCCACUGUAACCUGUCACGACACUGUGGCAUUGUUAGCUGUUUCCCGACAGGAUUUUGUAACUACGUUUCUCAGUGGUGAUGCACAAGAUGAACCAGAGUUCAUAGAGUAUCUCAGAAAGAUUGAUGUUCUAUCAGGGUGGCCCAUAGAAAAACUUCCUUUCAACAAGCCUAACAUCUGUGUCCACACCUUUUUCCGCAGGAAUGCUGUAAUCUCAAGGGACACAAAGGUGUCAUCGAAGAUCUAUAUAAUUAAAACAGGUACAGUUAAAGUCCUGAAAAAUUUGACUGUGACUAAUCCCCGGCAACCUUUGCUCACUACCAGAUCUGGUGAAGAAAAAUACAGCUUUCAAGAAAUGACAUCUACUGGCCACCACCAUAAGAAUUCUGAUAUGAAGACUAAAAUGGCAUCCAAAAGCAUUUCAGCGAAAAUGGAGUUGGUGUUACCAGUACUACAACAAAAUGCAGAAACAUUAGUCGAGCAGCCAGUACUACCUCAUCUGUGCUUUGCUACGUCAGAAAAAAACAGACACAGCAAAAAGGAAAAAAGUGAACUGAUAUACAUUAAUGUGCAAACACUUAAAGCUGGUGAUGCUUUUGGUCUUGCUUAUUUAUUGUUUGAAGAGACUUUCCCUAUGAUGCUUGUAUCUGAGGGUGCAGAAUGUAUUGUGAUUAGCAAAGAUUUCUUCAAACAACAUGCACAAGAUUCCUAUCUCAGAAGACUCUAUGAUCUGGUUCCACCAUACCCCACAGAAGAAGUUCUGCAGAAAAAACUGCAACAGUAUAUUAACUGGGAAACAAACAAGUCAUUGUUAUUUCAUAAACGCUUGUAAGUCUUUGAGCUUCAAGACAUCCACCACCUUUUUAGACUUUCAAACAAGAAAUUCUUCUCUGAACAUGUUUGCUGUAACAUUAUAAGAUAAUUGAUAUUUUUCGUACUUUAAGCCUAACAUGUUUCCUGUACAAUUGUUAUAGUCAGGAGGACCUUUUUUCAUUCAUUGCUUUGUUUGAUGGUAU